CGCACCGACUUGUCUAUAGCGUCAACAUGAUCCUGAAGUUGGUAUUGUUCACCUUGGCGGCUGUUGUGGGGGCUGACAAGCUCCCGUCUACCUCUUACGGGGCGCCCAGCAGAGGAAGUGGAGGUUUCCUGGGAGCGGGUGGAGGACGCUUUGGGGCUUCUGGAGUGACAGGAGGCGUCGGUUACCCUGGAGUGGGCGGAGGCUUCAGUUCCCUUGGAGUGGGAGGAGGCUUCGGUUCCCCUGGAGUGGGCGGAGGCUUCAGUUCCCUUGGAUUGGGAGGAGGCUUCGGCUCCCCUGGAGUGGGAGGAGGCUUCGGUUUCCCUGGAGUGGGAGCAGGCUUCGGCACAUCUGGAGCAGGAUUUGGAGGAUCAACUGGUGGUUUUAGAGGAUCACCUGGAGGCUUCGGAAUACCGAGUGGUGGAGCCUUCGGGGGCCCAGCCGGUGGUGGCUUCGGGGGAGCUGCAAGUGGAAGCUCUUUUGGCGGAAGUUACAGACCAUCAGGUCCUGUUGUGCCCAUCCUGAGGGACGAGCGUCAGGGACCUGAUGCGUACGGCAACUACAACUUCAACUUCGAGACUGGUGACGGCAUCAGUCGUCAGGAGCAGGGCGCCCCUCAGGGCCCAGCUGGCGCCGUGGCAUCCCAGGGAGGAUGGUCAUUUAAUUUCCCUGAUGGAACUCCAGCUAACUUCAAGUUCGUCGCGGAUGAAGGCGGUUACCGCGUGGAGUCUGACCUGCUGCCCACGCCCCCGCCUCUCCCCGCCCACGCCAUCGCCCAGAUCGAGAAGGCUCGUCAGGAAGACGCCGCCGCUGCUGCUGGAGGUGGUCGAGGAUCGUAUGCAGUUGCGUCGAGCUCCUCGUCUCAGUUCUCAGGAGCACCUUCUGGAGGCUUUGGAGGAGCACCUUCUGGAGGCUUUGGUGGAGCACCUUAUGGAGGCUUUGGAGGAGCACCUGUAGCAAGCUUCAGAGGCGCAUCAACUGGGGACUUCAGAGGCGUAUCUACUGGAGGCUUCGCUGGCUUCAGAGAUGGGGACUAUGGACGUUCACCAGUUGGAGGCUUUGGUGGGUCCACUUUAGGCCAUACUCGAGGCUUCGAAGGGUCCACUGUAGGUCAUACUCAAGGCUUCAGAGGGUCCACUGUUGGUCAUACUGGAGGCUUCAGAGAGCCCAUUGGAGGUCAUACUCGAGAGUUCGAAGGGUCCACUGUAGGUCAUAUUGGAGGCUUCGGAGGGUCCACUUUAAGUCAUACUCGAGGCUUCGGAGAGCCCAUUGUAGGUCAUACUAGAGGCUUCGGAGGGUCCACUGUAGGUCAUACUCAAGGCUUCGGAGGGUCCACUUUAAGUCAUACUCAAGGCUUCAGAGAGCCUACUGUAGGUCAUACUCGAGAGUUCGGAGGGUCCACUGUAGGUCAUAUUGGUGGCUUAGGAGGGUCCACUUUAAGUCAUACUCAAGGCUUCGGAGGGUCCACUUUAAGUCAUACUCGAGGCCUCGGAGAGCCCAUUGUAGGUCAUACUAGAGGCUUCGGAGGGUCCACUUUAAGUCAUACUCAAGGCUUCAGAGAGCCCACUGUAAGUCAUACUCGAGAGUUCGGAGGGUCCACUUUAAGUCGUACUCAAGGCUUCAAAGAGCCCACUGUAGGUCAUACUCGAGAGUUCGGAAGUUCCACUAUAGGUCAUACUAGUGGCUUCGGAGGGUCCACUGUAGGUCCUACUCGAGAUUUUGGAGGGUCCACUGUGGGUCAUGCUGGAGGCCAAGGAGGGUCCACCGUAGGUCAUACUAGAGGCUUUGGAGGACAAACUUUAGGUCAUACUGGAGGUCUAGAAGUGUCCACUGUAGGUUAUACUGGAGAUCUUAGAAGGUCCACUGUAGGCCAUACUGGACGCCUUGGAGGGUCCACUGUAGGUCAUACUCGAGGCUUCGGAGAGUCCACUAUAGGUUAUACUGGAGGUCUUGAAGGGUCCACUGUAGGUUAUACUGGAGGCCUUGAAGGGUCCACUGUAGCUUAUACUGGAGGUCUUAGAAGGUCCACUGGAGGCCUUGGAGGGUCCACUGUAGGUUACACAGGAGGCCUUGAAGUGACCACUGUAGGUUACAGUGGAGGCGUCAAAGAGCCCACUGCCAGUCAUACUGGAGGGCUCGGAGAGCCGACUGGAGGCUUUGGAGACUUAACCAUUGGAGGUUUAGCAGUAUCAGCCGAUGGAGACUUGGGUGCCGCGCCUCCAGCUCUCAAAAGGACCUAUAGUGCCCCUUGAACAUCGUCUCUACUCUAGCGCUGGAUGCAUGUAUCUCAUCUCAUGUUCUCUCCAAGAAAUCUUUUUUCUUCCUCGAGAUCACUUGCUGAUUGAUAUCUUGCUGGGCCGCUCUAGCCUCAAGUAUGUCAUGUCAACUGUGUCUCAUGUCAGUUGAUAGUUAGUGGUUUCUGUCUGAAAUGAGCUGAACUUUACACUUAUUCUACCGAUAUA